UUGCAGCAUUUCUUGUCUCCCUUUCCUAGGAGAGGGGCAGAAGACAGGAGAAACUUUGGUGACACCAUCACCUUUUCUCAGCACAAUGCCAGCCUCACACCAGCCCAGCGAAGCUGCUGACCUCAGUCCUCAGACCACCACCGAUCCUGAGACAAGCUCAGAGAAAAACAUGACUGCUUCAAUGACCAAUGGCACUGGAGCCCACACUACGGAGGAGGACACCUCCAUCUCCACCACCCCCAUGGCAGGCACUGAGGCAGAGAGACUGCAGGCUUCCCCCACCGCCAGCCCUGGGGACAUCACAGUUACGCACCAUGAGCUCCACAACAUGAGCGUGUCAGUUAGCAGCAGCACUGAAAUCCCCUCCUCUUCCCUGGCUGCCAGUACUCUGGAGGAAAAUGCGCCUGGCCACGAAGGCACAGAGCCCUUGAGCACAACGGAGGAAGUGGGUGCAGGCAGUGCAACCCCAACGCCUCCGCUGAGCAGUGUGCCAGCAACGACCAACAGCUCUCAGCUGGGGUCUUCUGACAGCCAGACCAUGGGGCCUACAACGACAAGAUCUGGGACUACACCAGCGACGAGCUCUGGGGAGAACACUGUGGAGCCCCAAACUGCCUCUGCCCCCUUCUCCACCAACAGGAGCAUGUCCUCUGCUAUUGCCUCCAGUGCAGUGACAGUGACCCCUGCUGUGACCACCUCCACCACUACCAGCGCAACUGCUGUCACCAUCAGCACAUCUGCACUACAGCAGCCAGUAGAGUCCAUGCAUGAGAAAGCUUCUGUGUUGGAUGUUGGCGAUGAUGAAAAUCCAGAGCUGCCUAGCUCUCCUUUGGCCGAGACAACGAGGGCUGAUCCCUUGGUCAUUGCAGUGAUCUCUGUCUUCAUUAUCAUGGUGGGCAUCCUAGGCCUGGUGGGCUUCUUGAGGUAUCGCCAGCACAACAGCCGUAUGGAGUUUCGGCGCCUGCAGGACCUGCCCAUGGAUGACAUGAUGGAGGACACCCCCCUCUCACUCUACAGCUACUAGGCAGCCAGGCUGUCCUCACCUGGCAAGCUGAACUUCCCAGAGGAGAAGGCCUCGAGGACUUGGUCCCAGAUGAGCUGCUGAGGAAUGAGGGGCUGUGAUUUGCACACGACUGAAAGAUCCUUUUCAGAUGGCUUUUGGUUUUAGACUUCUUUAAAUAGUUCAAUGUUGAAGUUUUUACGCUGGGAAUCAGAGCCCAGGUCUGGCCCUUUCCUCCAGGCUCUCCUCGAAACAAUGCCCCAAAGAGGCGCCUUCCCCUUUUAGCGUUGUUGUGGCCAGUUGGCCAAGACAAUGUUUGCCAAUGUGCUCUCAAAGGGCUCUUCUGCCCCUCCUGGCAGCUGCUGUUUUCAAAGGAAGAGGGCAAGUGAUCCACACGAGCUCUUACAUAGCUCUUACAUUGGUGGUGUCAGCGCAGUGCCAGCAAAGGAGACUGUUGCUUUCCGAGGCACCUGAGGAUGGGGAGAUCAGUUCUCUUGGGGUCCCUCUUGUUCUGUUUUUUUUUUUUUAAUUUUUUUUUCCUUGCACUUUUUUUGUUCCUGUUUCAGCUUUAGUGCUGGGUUUGGCACUGCCCGUCCUAAAAGGCCUGCCAGGAGGAUGGCAGACUGCUCUGCUUCCUUCCUACGUGCAUACCUUUUAUCUUCAACCAGGAAAAACAGUUUUGUGACCACUGGAGAAGUGUCCUUGCUGCCUGAUGUUGCUUUGAAAUUGCCAGGAGGGAAUGAACAUAAUUUUAGUUUAACAGGGUUUGAUAAGGCUCAGUCUACUGCCAAUUAGACACGCUAAUUUGGUCUCACCAAGAUCAGGAGUCUAGGUCUCCCAUAGUUGAUGCUUGCAGCGUAUGCAUAAACUCCUUCCCAAGCUCAGUAAAUGCUUUAGUCCAUUUCCCGCUCUGGAUUGACGUAUGCCUUUCCCUGAGUACCUCCCAUUUUGCUGCUAGCAUCUCAUUGCUGAAAGCUGUUGUACAAAACUAGUACUGUACUCUCCCUCCUCUGUUAGUGCAAGAUCAAAGCUCCUUUACUUUCUAAUGUUGGUCUUUCAGGUCAGUUGGUGUCUUGUCACGAGGACAAAUCCUGGAUGUAGGUGCCUUCCUCCCCUUCCCUUUCUAGGUGUUAGGAUAAUUAGGUUCUACCCUUUUGCCUCAGAAUAUCACUGUUGUACACUGCAUCCAAGGUGUUGCACCAAGGCUCCUGAGCUCCCUCAAGGAAACCCUUGGGCCAGAGCCUCUGAGUGCAAGUCUGAGGAUCUUAGGUGCCCUGGCUUCAGAAAGACCAGAUUUGUGCAGGGCAGGACUCCCAAGUGUCGUAUGGAAGUCUUCAUGUAAGUAAUGCCUGCUCCUGUUUUCUAAUUCAAUUGAUGGCAGGUAAAGAGAAACACAUGCCCAGCUCCUCUUCUCUAGACUGAUUUUUGAUGAAGCUGGUUGCUCCCUUAGGAUAUGGCAAAGGCUAGAGAUCUUCUAUCACACUGCUCUUACAAACUGCAGUCUCUCCUUUCCCUUUAGUGGCAGCACUCACUGACCCCCCACAAAGGACAGAUACCAGGCUCUUGCCUUACUAGCAAAAGUACCUUUUUUUCCAGUGCUGUUAUUUAUUGCUCAUAUUAGCACAGAGGAAAGGGAAAGGGGAAUUUCCCCAACAGCAAGGCUCAAAUUAGUAAUCUCUAUGAAGCUCAAAGAUGAGGCUGCCUGCAGAGCAGAACUGGUCUGGGUCAAAUAGAUGAACUGGACAAGGCAGCAGUUCUCCCUUCCCGCAUUACUUCUUCCAAAGUGGCUGACAAAUGACCAUAGCAUAGUUCUGGUGCAGCUGUUGGCUUUGGGUUUGUGUGUUUACUGUAAGGAUGCCCAGUACAAUAAGGAAGAAGGGUUGGUUCUCUCCUCCUAUUAUUUCAUGAAAACUAAAAGGCAAUUGUCACAGCUCCAAAGCUUUUGUAUUAGGCAUUGUCUGCACAGAGCAAUCUCCCUAGCUACAGACUUGUUUUCCCCUGCUGCAGGGCAGGGUGCUACUGGUUUUUGGCACAAAAAGAGGCAAGUUAGCGGUGGAAAAUAGAACUCCAUCCUGGCAGGAACUGGUGUAGGCUGGUAUAGCUGGAAAGAGUCUCUGCCCACAACCCAAAGGGCAGGGUCUCGUGGUUCUGGUUUCCCAUGCAUUGCUGUCCAGGGGAAAAGGGUGAGGAAGAAAACUCGCCAAACACCAAAGUGCAACUUUCUUUGUAAAAUAUGUUAAUAGUGGAUUUUUUUCUGCAAUAAAGU